GCCAAAUGGCGGCGGCCUCGUGCCGCGGCCCCGGGGCUCAGGCUGCUGCGGGAGCGCCGUCCCUGGGUGAGCUCCUGAGCGAUGCGGAGCUCGGAGCGGACGCGUGGCCGCUGCAGGGAGCUGAGGCAGCGGCCGGGCUGUGCCGCUGUCACUUGCAUCCUGCCUGGGGCUCCCGGGGUGGCUGUGCUCUGCCCGUGCCCCUGAGGCCUUCCAGCAGGCAGGGGCUGCCCCCGGGAGCUGCCAGCUCAGGGAUUUAACCUUAGGGUGCAGCACACUUUAAAACGGCGCUUUGGUGCUAAGUGGUUCUUGGCGGAGGUAAUUGGCUGAGAGUGCUGUUGCUUGUAGGUUCAAUACCCUCAUAUAUGUAUGCACACACGCAUACAUGAGUAUAUGUUAACACAGAGCUCUUAAAUCAUUUUCGGUGCUGACAGUUGCUGAGGAGGAGCUGACAAGUGAGAUCAGCUGUGGGAGGAGCACCUACUGAAGGCGAACCCUGAGAUUAAAAAUUCAGCUUUGAUAUAGUAACACUGGUACCGUUCUGUUUCAAUGAAGGAAAUGAAGUAAGCCCUUGGAGGACUGUGAUCCUGCACAUGUGAAACCUUCAGUUCCUAGCCUGUGCGCCUGAAUUUGGACUACAGUGCUAUCUUAUGUUACAGAGACAGGCUUGACACGAGGGAUCUGAGAGAAAAUAUUUUCAAAUAUAAGUAUCCUUUAAUUUUUGGAUGGUGUUAAGAAAACCACAGAUCUUGUUGCAAAUAGAGCAAAUAGGUGUCCUGUGCUUGAGCAACUUCCCCGCAGAAUGAGUUGCUUUCUGGUAGGCCCGCGGGCAGUGAGGGCAGAAGUUACAUAUACUGUGCAGAAUUGAAAUGGAGACUUUAAUAGGCAACAUCAUCUGCAGGAAAAUAAAAUUUUUAAAAAGCAUCUCCUUCUCUUCUGGUAGGCAGUGAAAAGCAAUUGCUAAAUGAGCCGAAGAUGGAGUUGAUAUCGCAUCAGAGUGUAGGGCCUUCCUUUGCUGUGAUUCAGGUUAUCAUUGUGAUCUCCAGGAUACACAGGCUGCGCUGUGCCUUGGUCAGCGUUGGAACUGAAGCACUAUGGAGCAGUACACAGCCAACAGUAACAGUUCCACAGAGCAGAUCGUUGUGCAGGCGGGACAGAUUCAGCAGCAGCAGCAGGGUGGUGUCACUGCUGUCCAGUUGCAGACUGAGGCCCAGGUGGCAUCCGCCUCAGGCCAGCAAGUCCAGACCCUCCAGGUAGUCCAGGGGCAACCGUUAAUGGUGCAAGUGAGCGGAGGGCAGCUGAUCACAUCGACUGGCCAGCCCAUCAUGGUGCAGGCUGUGCCUGGGGGCCAGGGCCAGACAAUCAUGCAAGUGCCGGUUUCUGGAACGCAAGGGCUGCAGCAGAUUCAGUUGGUCCAGCCAGGUCAGAUUCAGAUUCAAGGUGGGCAGGCUGUGCAGGUACAGGGGCAGCAGGGCCAGACCCAGCAGAUCAUUAUACAGCAGCCACAGACUGCAGUUACUGCUGGCCAGACACAGACUCAGCAACAAAUAGCAGUUCAAGGACAACAGGUAGCACAAACGGCUGAAGGCCAGACCAUAGUCUAUCAGCCCGUUAACGCUGAUGGAACCAUUCUCCAGCAAGUUACAGUCCCUGUUACAGGCAUGAUCACCAUUCCAGCAGCCAGUUUGGCUGGAGCACAAAUUGUACAAGCAGGAGCCAACACCAAUACUACCAGCAGUGGACAAGGGACUGUUACAGUGACACUGCCAGUUGCUGGAAAUGUUGUCAAUUCAGGUGGAAUGGUUAUGAUGGUACCUGGAGCUGGAUCAGUACCAGCUAUCCAGCGAAUACCUUUGCCUGGAGCAGAAAUGCUUGAAGAAGAGCCCCUCUAUGUAAAUGCCAAGCAGUAUCAUCGAAUCCUUAAGAGGAGGCAGGCACGUGCAAAGCUUGAAGCAGAGGGAAAAAUUCCCAAAGAGAGAAGGAAAUACUUGCAUGAAUCUCGGCAUCGUCAUGCCAUGGCCAGGAAGCGAGGAGAAGGUGGACGUUUCUUCUCACCAAAGGAAAAAGACAGUCCUCAUAUGCAGGAUCCAUCUCAGGCCAAUGAAGAAGCAAUGACACAGAUGAUCAGAGUCUCCUAAUCACUGUUAACAUAAAAAUGUAACUGAAUUCCUGUCCCUUCUGCAAGUCUGUCCUACCUUACCAGUGUAUCAAGCAAGUCUUUCAAUGGGACAAUCACCACAUCUCAGCCUAUCCUUUUCUACAGAACAAACACCACUUUUUCAGUGUGUGGUAAAGAUUUUAACUGCAGUUAACUCAACUAAUAGAAACUUAAUGAUUUUCCUGGUAUACUCUUCUGAUUCAGCGCAGGGAUUUCAGUCUGACAGCUCAUGCCUUUUUUUUUUUCCUUAUAACAUCUCUUGCAUUAAGAUUGGCCAUGGUGAGUGUACCACUGACUGACCAGCAAUAACUGGCAUGCUGAAGGAGGGUCAGCAAAGACUUCUUGGAGUUAUGACCCUUCUGCACAGCGACAUAAUCCAGUUUAUAGCAACCAGCACUGAUGUGGCUACACCACGGUACUUUGUUUUCCCAGUAGAGAAUUGUUAUUUACAUCCACUUCUUACGUCGCUGGAUUUACUGUCUACUGAACUGUUCACUGCUGUUUCAUCUGCACAUGCAAAACUGACAGAAACUGAAGGGGGUUCUCUUAAGCUCCGCUCUGUAAAAUAUGUAAACAACAAGCUCUUCUCUGGGAAAAGUUCAGCCAUCAAGUCAAAGUGAUCAAAACAGUUCAAGAUUAUUACAGGAUUUGAUUUAUUGUGUAUCUGUUCCAAGAAGUAAGAGUGGAGAGGGUUACUGACGUGAGGGUAAGGAUUUAGUUAGUAAAUACGAUUUAUUGGUGUUUUUUGGUAUGUUUAAUGCCAGCAGGUAAUGCUUUGGAAGAAGAGUGGAUGCUAGUAUUAAAGUAUUGAAACUUCCAAGUGAGUCUUCCAAAGGAUUUUUUAAGUCUUUAUUUCUAACCUAACCAGUCUGGUGCAUGGUUCUCCGAAAGAAAUACAGUCUGCAAUCUCAGAGUGAUAACACUUGACCAUCUUUUUGACAGUAUUUCAUGAUAUCUGUUGUAAAUCAGUUCUACAGUUCUCAUUCUACAUAGAGUGAGAGACUGUUUCAUGAUGGCAGAAGCACAGGGACACUCAACCAGGUGCACACUGAUGUUUUUGAAGGACUGUUAAAUGAAGACAUGUAUUGGUUAACUGUUCAGGCUUCUUACAGACUAUCCACUUAAAAAAAAAAAAAAAAGAUUUUUAAAAUGUGGCAUUCAAGAAGUAGUUGCAUUUAAAAAAAAUAAUAUAUAAUGGAUUUUUCAUUGCUUACAACUGGUUUCUGGCUGCAUACCUUAACAACACAACUUUUAGUUGUUCAUUACAGAUUUUUAAGCUUGCCCCAUUCUUACUGAUGUGAAAUGUGAUGGAAUCUGUAAUUCAUAAACAAGCAACCUGCAAAGCAGUGUGCCUGCCGAGGUACUAAGACAAGUGUUUAGGUUAGCUACCUGUGUAUAGCCAGUAUAAGUACAAAGAGGAGGAGCAGAUUUGGCAUUUACAGUAAGGCAGCUGGAUUUUCUAAAUGGAGUUCAGUUUAUUCUCUUCUGAGCUUCUAGCUCUGUAUUCUUACUCUUACACAGCUGACAUGAUGAGCUGAAGCAAAGCUGAGAAGGAAACAGUUCUGCAAGGUAGGCCUGCAGCCACAGAAAGAGAUGGAAGCCUAGUUCCAAAUAGAUCUUUGGAUUUCAGUUGUCUACCUAUUCAAAAGGCAUUGAUGGCAUUUUUGGUGCCUUUGGUUGCUUCUGCCUUAAAAUACUUGGCCAGUUAGAGCGUGGUGGUGCUUUUUUUCUUUUUUUUUUCAGUUGGUAACUAAAAUCCUCACCUGGCAUUUCUUGUGAGGUCACCCAUUUCAGGAAAUCCAUAGCUCUUGUUUAGUGAAGGAAUAAGAAAACCUUUUCCUUAGUUGAAUUUGCCGCACUAUUGUAAAUACUUUUUUAAGCAUCUGUACAUUUUGUCAAUAGGAUAUUCAUGUGCUGGAGAAAUAUUUCUGUGCUGGAGUAAGGCGGCCUCCAUAACAUUUCUGCUCUUCAACUGACAGCUAAUCUCUGUCCUGGAGAACCCCCUCAGACAGUUGGAAGUUAUGGAAGCAGAGAUUGUUGCUCUGACAUUGGUUUUUGUUUAUUUCUUUUAAACUAGUAGUUCUUGUUUUUCUUAAAGAAGUUGUAAACUUCUUCAAAACAGCUAAAACUUUCUUUUUCCCCAGUGAGCCCUUCAUAUAUAGGUUCUCUGAUCUAUUGUUGUAGAAUGUGUACUAAGGCCUAUGGAUUCGUGUUACUUAGGAAGCUUUAUUAUUGAUACUUCAAAUAAGGAUGUGAAAGCCUGAGUGCAACUGUCAAUGUUUUUCAUUUGCAUUGGGUUAUUUGUAUUCACCUCCAAAAGCGGUGUGUGCUUGGUGAGAUUGGAGGUACCAGUCAACACCAUGCUCCUGAAAGAGCCUGCUUUCUUGUCCUGGGUAAACUUGUUGAACUGGAGACAUCCCCGAGUUCAAACCUCUCUAGGAAUUAAAGGAGAAUUCUUUGGGUUGGCUGCACUUGAGCAAAAACUGCACAUUGGGAGCAUGCAGAAGGGUGGGUGACGAUAAAAGAACAGGCCCGUGGGGAGCGUGCCACGUGGCUGCUACACCCAGGAGCUCUGGAGCAGUGAAUUAUCCAACAGUUGUACACGAGCUGAGAGGGUGACACGUGCAGAACGGUCCUCGAGUGAUGCUGGAGCGCUUCAGGGCUUUGCAUGUUAAAAAAGGGGAGGGAAGAAAAAAAAAAUUACCUGUGACUGGAUGGGGGGGGGGUACUGAAAUCUGCAUCAUGAAAGGCAAAGUUUGUAUAUAGUUAAAAAGUUUAUAGUUUUUUUUAUAUAAUGCAUUUUUUCAAGUGUAUUUUGGUCUUUAAUAGAUGCAAUUGUAAGUACUGUGUACACUAUCCAGCUAAUAAAAAUUUAUAAACCAA